GUUACGACCCAGGUAAUGUAUCCCUUCUCUCCAUCUCUUUCCUCUCCCUCCUCCUCCUCCUCCGGUUUCCUCUCCUCCUCCUCUUUCUUCUCUUCCUCCCAUUUAUCUUCCUCCUCUCCCUCUUCCAAUUCAUUCCUUCGUCCUCGGUCCUCUUUCAUUUCCUCUCCCUUCUCUUCCUCCUCCUCUUCCUCUUCCUCCUCCUCCUCACGGAAGAAGCCAUGGUGGAGGAGUCUUCCCUCUCUCUUCCGGCGCUUCUUUUCUUCCUCUUCCCUUCGCCGCCGCCGCCUCUUCCCCCUCAACAAACAUCCUCCUCCUCCUCCUCCUCCUCCUCCUCUUCCUCAUUCACUGUUCCGUACGGCUGCUCCUCCUCCUCAUCUUCCUCCUCAUCUUCCUCUUACAUCUAAACGCGUGCUGUCACUUUCUAUCUCCUCCUCCUCCUCCUCCUCCUCUUCCUCCUCCUCCUGGGCGUGCUGUACCUGUGGCCGCUGUGGGAGGUGCUGUUCGUGCUGUGUGUGCUGCGACAGACACAAACAGAAGGCCCUCCACGCUGCUUGGUUCACCUGGCUGCAAAGAAGUGUGACCGCCGGAACUGGAGGCGGAGGCGGCGACGGAGGCGGUGGUGGUGGUGGCGACGGGAACUCCUGUGGGCGGUGCGGUGGUGGGUUCAGUCUUUUCUUCAACAAGCGGGUCUCGUGCGGCGGCGGCUGUGGGCUCGCUGUGUGCCGGCGGUGCGCCCCCUGGUCCCCCGCGGCCAAAGCGUACGUGUGUGGCGUGUGUGCUGCUGCCGCCACGCCCGCUGCGCCUGCCACGCCCUCCCCUGCUUGUGGUGGUGGUGCUGUAGGGUCUGGGAGUGAAGAGCAGCAGAAAGUGGAAGCGGGUGUUCGUUCCCACAUCGAAGCUUUAGUGGAAGGGCAGGUUGGGGGGCCCUUAGAUCCCGUCAGUGCCACCCCUAACACUACACACCCCCUCCAGCGGCGGCUGUUCAGCACCCACCACGCUGCCCUCAGCACGGCCAUAGCGCGCCUCAACCACUCCCUGCAGAUGUCCAUACUCAACCGGCCCCUGCCCCCCGAGGAGCUCCCCACCACCCGCCACACCCAGCUGACUGAUCACGUGACGCAGGUGCUCCGCGACGCCAUGAUCCUCCCCAGACAGAUGGAGGGUUACGACCCCGCCGUGUCCCCGGAGACCCCCGUGGAGGACUUCAACUCCCACACCUACGAGGACAUCCUGGCCACGGCUAUCCUCAACAAGGUGCUGGAGUCCUGUGACGGGAAGCGGCCCAGCGAAGUGACGAUUGAGGUGAGCCACGAUGUCGCCAGCACGGACACGGACAGCGGCAUGUCAGCAGGAGGGGCGAAGGAGAGCCGCCGCGGCCGUCACAAGAGCGAGGCUGGGUCCGAGGGCAGCGAGGAGAGGUCACUAACGCCCCCCGCCCGCCACGCCCCCCACCGCCCCCCCACGGCCAGCCCGGACCAGGGGGUGGUGACGGACGAGUGCUGGGGCCCCGCCCACGCCGCCCUCGACGCGCCCCUGCAGUUCAAGAUCGAGGAGCACGUUGAGGAGGUCACCACACACCACGUGACAGACGACGACGAGGACGAGGACGAGGGUGAUGUCAGUGACUCCGGCGGGUCGUGGCACGGCUCCCGAGGGUCGCUGGAGGAUCGGCGGAGGACGCGGCGCCACAAGAAGGUGUCCCAGCACUCGGUGACGCAAGACCCCCUCGUGUCCUGCCUGCCCGUGGCCCUGCCUGACCCCGCCCAGGUGACCUCCAGGCGGGUGUCCUUCCCUGAGCUGGGGCGGGACAUUAUACAAGACUCUUGCUCAGACAGUGAGUGCUGUGAGGUGAGUCCCGGCGACAUGGUGGUCGACGCAGACUCCUGGGAGGAGAACUGGCUCUUCCGCCGGCACCGCCUGGCGGGGAACCACGCCUCAGACCCCGUCACCAUGCUCAUCCCCAACCCCGAGGACCACGUCACCCCCACCGUAGGAAACAGAGACGUUGAUGAGCUGUCAGAGUUGUCUGAGCAGCGGUCGGUGGGCAGCAGCGAGCCAUGGAGUGACAGUGACGGGGAGGGCGAGGGGCUGUACCCGAGCCCCCACACUGCUGCCUCUCGGGAACUCUCCAUGCUGGCAGGAGAGAUUGUUGCUGAGUUUGGGCAGCAGGACAGAGAGUACACCGUCGACUACAGCUCAGCGAGUCGUGUGUCUGCUAGAAGAUCCCCCCUCCCCCAUCACCUCUCCCACAACACUCCCUCACGCCCCCACACCCUGCCCCAACACACCCGACACCCCAGUGAACACUACAAUGGGAGGCCAGCCAGAGGGUCUCCCAGGGACUCUGAAUCAGUGUCAGACAGUGAGCGGCCCAUCCCCAAGCCCAGAAACCUCUCCCUCGCCACCACACCAUCCUCCAGAGCGUCUGACAAGUCCCCUCCCAAGACCCUGACCUCCCCAGUGGAAGACCUGACCAUCCUGAGUCCACCCUUGGAGGUGCCGCUCCCCAGUGAAGCCAAGAGCAGCAGCGAGACUGUCUGGUUUGUGGAGACGCCCCAGGACUGCAUUGUGCCUCAAGGUCGCACACUCAGGCUCUCCUGCGCCCUCAACACCAAGAGGCCCAUGGGGAUAACCUGGUACCACAACGGGUCGCUGGUGCGUGCCGGGCAUCAGGAGGCGUGGGCGUGGCGGCGAGGCCCCACGCACCACCUCCACCUCUACAACAUGACUCCCAAUGCUGCUGGAGUGUACGCCGCCGCCGCCUACACCACCUCACACUGUGUCUGGGCGUUCUGCCGAGUGCACUACAAAGCCAGCGCACGGCCAGGUAAGCGGCCCACCUUCACCAAGGGCCUGACGGACACCACAGUGGAGGAGGGUGGGGAGCUGAGCCUUCAGUGCCAGGUGCAGGGCCACCCAGAGCCUCGGGUCAUCUUUUCCCACGGCAAGCACCUGUUGGAGCCGUCCUCUCGCCUGGCCAUAGAGAGUGACCAGUACGGGACGUGGACACUGCGGCUCACAGACUGCACGCUGGCUGAUGCUGGGGAGGUGACUGCCACCGCCACCAGCACCCUUGCCACCACCACCUGCAGGUGCCAGGUGAAGGUGCUUCCCGAGGGCACACCACUGCCACGCCAGGAUGGCUCUCGACUGUCUCGGCCACAGUCCAACCAGCAGCUCAAGGGGAGGCCAGACAGCAAGCCCACCCACAGGACACCCCCAGCUGGCCCUCACCCAACAGACAACUCAUCCCGCACACAUUCCACCAACGCAUUAACCACAUCGUCUCGCCUCAAGCUUGAGGAGCCAUUAACCAAACCCCCAGGUGUACACAGCGGUGACGGGGAGCAGGAGGACAUCCAGCAGGUGCCCACCAAGCCAGGUACUGGCCCGGGAGAGUCUGGCAGCCUUGGCAGAGCCUUGGAGGAGGUGCAUGACCCCGGGACCAUUCUGGAGGGCCAAGGAAGUCCACUGGUGCUGUUGUCUAAUGCUGCCAUUGCUUCAGAGGCUAGUGUGCAUGAGGAACUAGAUGCGGUAGACUGUGCUGGUGGUGGUGGUGAUGGUGGUGGUGGUGGAGUUGUGGGAGUCCUGCCCGGUCAGUACGGCCAGGCAUCUAGUAGGCUUGGGCAGCACUCCUCAAUAGUUGACAAGGAAACCUGUGACUUGGGUGCUUCUGGUGCUGACCCUUUGCCCUCCCCCUCUGUACAUGGUGCUAGCCUCAACCUUCACUACAGCCCGUCAAGCCACGAUGACAAUACCUCUUCCUCCUCUUCCUCUGACAAUGGUGAUAAAGAGAGUGACGAGGACCUAACAUUGACAAAGUCCUGCGAUCUCCACACCUCAAAGUUUCUCAACACCACAGUAGCCCAAAGCCCCCGUACUAACCCUCCGGCCCCUCCCUCCGCCCCCCACACUGAUAAGCUGCAUGCCUCUAGCUCCCUUGAGGAUUCCUGCCUCCAUAAAUAUGAAGGACGCCCUCAGGACUCUCCACCUUCUGCAUCCACGCUUGCUGCCCCUCAGCCUGCCCCAGGCACCAUAGCAGACCGGGAACACCGCAAGUGGGAGGCUGCUGUGCCACUCCCCAACAACCCUUACUCCCCCGAGCGCCUCACACUCCGGCUCUCACACUCCCGCCCCCCGGACCACCCCCUCCAGCCCCGCCAUGCCCCUUCUGUAGAAUUUCCCGGGGGUGACGAGGUGGACCUGGACCCCAGCCUACGGGACGGCAUGCCUCCCCAGGAAGACCUCAGAAGGUACAGUCGGGACUACUACGUGGGCGGCAGCACCUCCAAAACAGCACCGCGAGGCAGGAACCACAAUGCAAGUCACCCCAAACACCCUCAGAGUCAAUCCCCAGCCUCCAACCCACACCAGCUGACCAACGGACACUACUCCCUGCCCAGCGCCACCCAACAAGUCACAAAGAAUGGCCAGGAGAUCAGAAUUGCAGUGGGCAGCCACAGCAGCAGCAGCAGCAGCCAGGAGGGGGAGCACCACAAGGACGGCCGGUGGAAGCCCCAGCCUGGGACGGAGAGUCUUGGGGAGGUGGAGUCCUGCAGGGCUGGAGAUUGGAAGGACGAACUCAAGGAUAUUCAGGCAGCCCGUGUGGAGCAGGAGGUUGCCCGGCUGCAGCGAACCAUCGAGGAGACACAGCGCCGCUGGGAGACCUACGCCCGCCACGCUCCAGGGCGGGGCACCACUGUCCUCUCUGAUGGCUCCGUAGAGCAGCUCCACCACCCCCGGCCUGAGGCAUACCUGGUGCCCCCUCGACACGACUUGUGGCGGACAGUGAGUGAGGACACCAUAUCCGUGCCCCUGAAAGAGGCGCCCUCUGAGCAGCCGCUCCUGCGCCACAUCAGCAUGGACAACAUCCGUCCUGCUGCCAAGGUCUCCAACAUCCACCCCCUUGCCCACCACCCCCACCAGAGCACCACCAGCAUGAACUCGGUGAGCAGCAGCCUUGACGGGCCUCCUCCAGCCCACUUGGGAAGGUCUGUAGAGAGUGUGGGCGGAUACAGCGACCGAGAUGCCCUGGACAGCGACGGGUCUCUCCAAACCCCAGAGGAGUCACUGACACUCCCCUCGGUCAGGAGGCUCGCCUCUAAGUUUGACUCUGCCCCCCAGAAAGUGAACAACUUGGACAAGCACGGCAAAAGCAAUUCUCUAACCUACUCCGGCAAAAACAUCCAAAGUGGCGGCCGGACCAGCCAGGGCGACCGCGCUGCCUUCACCAACAACCUCAACAAGGGCACCGAGAAGCCCUACACCAUGAAGGAGGUCCACAGCCUCACCGCCCGCAGCAUGCCUCUCCGCAUCAGGGAGGGUCUGCGUGCUGGUCCUGCCUCCUUCCUUCCCCAGGGGCAAUCAUCCCCUGCCAGAGAUGCCCCCUCCCCUGAGCAUCUGGGCAUCCCCUGGGGUCCUGCAGCCAUUCCUACCCGUCCUGCCCAGGUACCCGGGGACACCAGCGACGACUCCUCUGCUCCUCCAGGCUCCCCGCGCCGGGCACCCCGCAGGAAGAGUGGGGGCAAGCGGGAGCACCCAGGCUGGUGUGCACACCCCGAGGCCCUCAAUGACCCGGCUGUCAAGGUGGCUACAGACAGCUACUGCUGAAGCGUGGGAUUGCUUGUGCUUACUCUCCUACGGCAGACCAGUGUUACAUGUGAAAGUUGCUCUACCAGGUGUGGGAGUGGACUUUCAGGACAACACACUGAAGGAGCCAGUUCAUGAGUGGGCUUAGAAAAGCUGGUGACUGUGAUAUGACAAGAGCAACUGGCUUCUUGCACCCUCUGAAUAUUUAAAAAGUUGCUGUUUGUGAUUCCUUUGAAGGAAAGGACUGCAUCAAAAUAGCUAAUCAAAUUUUGAAAUUACCACUGCCUUAUUGUAGCUGACAUAAUAUUUCUCAGAGCGGUGAUGAUUGAUGUUUUACUGAAUAGUAAAUUUCUUGUGCAGCAGAUCGCCAGAUUGCUCUUUAAGUAGUGUGCGAACAAUCUCUGUGGACUUGGACACAAUGGAGAGUUUGAAAGUGACGUGCUAUGUUACAUAUUCUACUUUCAAAGUUGAAAUAUGAAAGGAACGGAACAAUAAACAAACUACAGUACAUUUGUUUGAAAAUGACAGGAGUAAACAGAACAAUGUCUGUCCUGUCUUGUAUGACUGAACACUCAGCACUUUGGAGACUGAGUACAAAGGCUGCAAAGAACAAUGGUUACAUUAUACUCUGGUGCUCAGCAAGAUUUGCAGCGCAGUUCACGGCUAAUGGAAGUCUUCAAACUUGAGUUUGGCCUCUAAAUCAAGCUCGCUUCGUUCAAUUUUUGACAUUCAAUGUUUCAAAAGUAAUGUAGAAACAUGGAGCAGCAACAUUAAUUCCUGGUGUUGGCAAUUCCCUGAUUUAUAAAAAGUGUUGUGCAGCUCCACCUGUUUUUGCUUAAUGGUGUAAGGUAGUUUUGUGAAGUUUCCUGUUCAAAAUACUAAUCAUAUUUGUAUUUAUACGUAAACCAAUGAAUAAGCAACUUCACAAAACUACAAUAUUACAUCAUAAAAACAGUUGUAGUCUGCUUCAUCCAGGGAACUGUUGAUGCUUCCAAUCAAUUUCAUUCAUGCCUUCAGAGCUGCAGACUCUCACACAUGCAUCUAAAAGCCCACAAGACCGAGUUACUCAGAGCUUCUAUGUUUGUCAGAAUAUAUUCCUCCCUGAGAAGAGAUUAGAAAAGGAUGAUCAUAGGGAGCAAGAUGUGGAAGGUGUGGAGGCACUAACACAAAAGGCCCCACUGUGUACUCAGCCUGGAGGUGGCUGCACAGGAUGCUGUUAACCCCUUUACUCCGGCGACGCCGACGUCACCGUAGGGAAAGGGUUAGUCCUCUUCUAAACCUCUUAAGAGGAAAUGGAAGAGGAUUAAGAGGAAUUUAAAGGAGGAUUGAGAGGUUUAGAAGAGGAUUAAUCCUCUUCCAAUUCCUCUUGACCCUUUCCAUACUGUGACGCCGACGUCUGCGUCAUGGAUGGAAAGGGUUAAGACGUGAAAUUUGUAUACCUUAGACAACAACACCUAAAUCUAUGUACAGUCGGGAAAAAAAGUUUGAACACCCAUUGGUCGAUUGAACAGAAUUUUAGCAAAAUCUAUAGACACAGUGUUGUGUCAGUUAGGCGGCACCAGUGGCUGGUGUCUGUCCAUUGGUCCCCACCUAACCAGGCGAUGUCUUUACAUCAGCCCACGGGUGCUAGAUAUUUCUGACGACUGAACACUGAUUAAUAUCCUUUACAUCAUGUACAAUUCAAUUUAAAAUAUUUUAAACAGCUAAAAUAAUCAGGGCCAAAAAAAUUUAAGUGGUAUGAGUCAACAGUUUGCUUCCCUCACUGCAGUUUUGGAUCCAACUACUGGAGUUAAUCUUCUUGAUUGCAUAUGGACUUACAAUGUAUUUUAUUUCUACCUUGUCAUCAUACACUGAACAUAUGAAGAACAAUAUUUGCCUGAAAAAAGUAUUGCACAAACAGCUAAGACUAAGGUUCCAAUUACUGUCAAGUUCAAGACUUUACUUGUGAGUCAGUGGCUUGCACUCGCUGAAGAGUUAUAAACUUGGGUCGCUACAUUCUUGGCUGUGUACAGAAUUUUGACGUUUCUUUAUCUUCUUGGUAUUCCCUGAUGUGACCCAAAACUUGAAUACUACCUUGUAUUGUUUGUAAAUUCUUAUUGAAUGAUCCAAAUGUGUUGAACUUAACACAGAGGCGAUGUCACUUGUGUCCCAAGAUACUUAGGUAGCACCAUGAAAUGUGAUUGAUGUUGUUAGUAUUGGCAGCAGUGCUGUGGCAGACGUGUCUAUGUUCAGGUGCCUUUCAUGAGUUCUGUAACAAACUGCCUUAUGUGUAGAUGAUUUCUGAUGCAUAGUUGUGUGUGAAAUAUAUAUUAUAUUGAAAGUUAUUUAUCAAACUAUGGAACUUUAGAGAUAGUAGGCAAUUUAGAAAAGUUUGUAGCAUGGAAGGGUGACUUUGUUGAAGAUGCCACUCAGUAUCCUACACAAUGUCUUGUGUUGUGUUGUCAGGGGACUUGAGUGAGGAUGGAGGUGCAGGAUGAGGUGGACUUUAGGGAUGGCCAAGAAGGUAAUCCUAAGCUACUGCUACUUUACAUAUUAUGCAUGGGCCUCUUGUAGCAAUGGGAGAGAACUGUAUCUAGUUUGUGUAUGUACCACCCCAUUUCUCUGUUCUACAGCCGUGCUGUUGAAGUAAACAGCUGGCAAUCAUAACUGUCUUGUAGCUAUUUUUACAUUUUGUAUAUUUGUACAUACUGAACUGUCAAGCAUAAUUUUAAAAAGGCUCAGUUUUAGGCUUACUCAUUUCAGUGCGCUGCACUUGAAUAUUCCAAGCUUUAUGGGACCCAACGUGAGGAUGAUGUAGGCGUCAUCAUUACAUGUGUAAAUGUGUUGUGUCUGGAAUGAGCAGACUAAAUGCUGUAGAUUGCCAUAGCAUUUCUAUGCAAAAACUUCCUUAUUAAUACUGUACAGUGUGCAGCAAUAUCAUCAAAACAUCAUGCUAAUCGAGGCUUCAACAAUUGUCAGAAUGAAGUAGUGAACUUUUUUUUUCCCUCCAUGUACCACAGCCUGUUCAGACCAAGUGUUCCUCCGGCACCUGAGCAGCGUGCUUGGCUGGCUGCCUCCCUUGCCUCUCGAUCUCAUUGGUUUAUGUCAGCAAUGACUCGGUAUAAUGUCAUGUACCUACAUGUAAAAGUGGAUCUAACAUUUCAGACCUAUUCUUUCACUUGUAGUUUUCAUUAUUUCUUUACUUUUUGGUUUACUGAGUUGAGACAAGCAUAUUUAGGAUCUACAAUCACACUGCUACGAUUAAUGGUGUUGAGUGAAAUAAUUGCCUCUUGCACAAGAGUGGAGACAAGGUGAAUAAUAUUUAAAGAUGUAACACCAUGAGCAUGUGUGAGUGAUUGUCACCUCCAUAAGAGCCGAGAGAGGAUGCCAGCCAGUCAGCGGUGUUAGACACUGCUCAGACACCAGAGAAACAGUUGGUUUUAACAGACUAUAGUCAUUUUUAAUUUGCCUCUUCUUAUUGAUAGCAUAUUACCACCAGCCAUGGUGGUCAGCAUGACUGUUCACAAAUAUGUGGCCCCAAGUUUGAUUUUGACUUUCCCGGGCCAACCAGCUGUUCAUUCUCCUUUUCAGUCUAGUCGAUAAAUGGGUGCAUGGCAAAGAUGAACUGUAGUAACCUGGAUGUAGGACUUGCCCCGUAUCCUUGAGAGUUGGGUUUGUACCCACCACAGGCUCGGUCCAAUGGGCCUGAGAGGAGCAUCAAGGCCACAUACACCUGGCCCCAAGUUUACCUUUCCCUUAACACCAUACAGUUUUUUUGUAAAAUGCUCGUCAUAUUUACAUUUAUGUGCAAGCUGUAUGUAAGUCAGUGUUAGGUCUUAAAUUUUUCAAUAUUACAUAAAAAUCAUUAAUAGAUGAGGCAUGACUCACUGAAUAUGCUUAACUUAUGCUACUUAUUGAGGGGAAAUUCAUUAUGAAUGUGGCCCAGUAUUUCUCUUGGUGAAAUUAUACCUUUGUAAUGCAACUGGAACCCUCUCUGCCAACAUUGCAGAUGUUAAAAUACUUAGCAUUGGAUUUGUCUGAUAAAUAUAGUUUACACCCAAAUGAAAAUGUGAUGAUUAUUUUUUUCAGAAAACGUACAAUGUUAAGGUAUAAAGAUAAAGUUUGGGGCUUACACUAAAGCUGUGCACGGCCUCAGUGCAUCUGUCACCUUGACCCUUGAGCCUGUGGCAGGUAAUGACCCAUUGCCCCGGACACAGGGCCAGUGUGAAAUCUGGGUUGCCACAGUUUACUUUCCCCAGGUUUGCCUGAAUGGGUUUUGCGCUGACUGCUCAGGCUGGGAUUCAAACCCAGACCUGAGAAUUUUGAGCUAGGCGUGCUAACCACUCCACCAAAGAGGCACGUAAUGUUCAGGCAUGCUGAUCUAAUUACCCAAAACAUAAUGAGCCGGCAAUGUUACAGAAUUACGAUGCACCUCACAGCAGAAACAGGAGCCGCUGCUCACUAUUCUACUUCAUCCAUGGAAUUGUUGAUGCCAGGAAUUCCUAAAUAUUUGCUAGUAAUCAACUUUCACCUAAACAAAACAAAACCUAGAAUGAAUGUUAGGAACAAAACUGUGAUUUCCCUUCCCUAUGACACUCUCCACCUCCCCCUGAACACCCCCGUGGUCCUGUCAACUAAGUCAUGAAGAUAUUUCACUCCUGGUUUGAUAGAUGCAGGAAAUGGUGCAUAGUCACUCAGCUCAUCAAUUAUGCUCAUGGUGAAAUAUGGUUGUAAAUUGCAUAAUCAAAAUAUGACCUUUUGUCAAGUAAGUUAACUUUCGUUCUGUUGUGCUCCGUGGGCCAUCUUUGACAAGGGGCCGUUCAGCAAGACACUUUUCCCGUGCCGUCCAGAUCUGAUUGGACAUGGCGAUAAUUUCAAUUUGGAUCAGGGUAUAAGUUUACCUCCUACAAAAUGUUUCUUUUAUAUUUAAACACACACAAAACUAAUUAACACCUAAAAUAACUUUAAUCUAAGUUGCUCUAGUUUUUUUAAUGUGUAUAUGACUUUCCUGUGGUGGUGGUGCACUGUGUAGGUGCAGGAGAAUCGAACAAGAUCUAAUACUUCAUUCAUUUAAAUGAGUGUAGUUUAAAUAAACACUCAUGUAUACAUAUAUAUUGUUUUGCUAGUCUGUCUGAAUUAAAAAUAUUACUGUAGCCACAAACAUGGAAAGCUACAUUUUAGGCUGUACAAUGUGAAGCACCUUAUUGUAGAAGGAUAACUUUAACUGUUAAAGAAGUGUUCCCCACAAAUGUGUAGUACCCGUUGCCAACAUGUCCAAAGAGACGGUGUGUGUGAGGCUGGACGAAGGAAAAGUGCCCUGUUUAGCGGCCGAUGCAGUGAGGCGGAGAUCAUGCCUUCAUGGCACCAAGAAACUCAACAAAAUGUGCACCUUUUACUAUUACUGAACAUUAAGAAAAAGAGUAAUCACUUCAAUACUGAACAUUAAUUUCUCAAACUUUAAUUACUUCUUCCCAAACCACAGUGAAGGAGAGUACGUACCUACUGAUGAAUGGUUUGGUUUGCUGAGCGGGAUGUCGUGUCUUACAACCUUGGAGUGGGAGGGAUGGGAGUUUCUGCUUCCAGACUACAGAGUACUUAUAAGAGCUUCCUUUAUUCUGGUAUUGAGUGCCAUAACUUGUCAUUCUGGUUGUCUUCUUAGAUUAAACAUAGUAUAGUUCCUGCUUAUCCUGUGAGGAUGUAAAACUUCAUUAAUCAACUAUAUAAAUAUAUGCAGUGC